UGUGGAAUAAUAUUUAUAAGGAGUUUGUGAAGGGAACAGCCCUAAGAAUUAAAGUCAUAAUUAUCAAAUAGGAGAGAAGGAGAAUGUUUGUGUCUGGGCAAGUGGAUCCCUUCCACCAUCUGAAAAUCCUCCCAAACUCAGACGGCACCAUCACUCGCCUACGUGCAGACCCACACACUCAUCCAACUUUCGAUCCCACCCUCCCCAUCCCCGUUCUCACCCAAGACACAACCAUCAACCAAUCAAACAAAACCUUCGCCCGCAUAUUCCUCCCACGUCCUGCGCUCCAUAAUUCCUCCACCAACCUCCCUCUCAUCGUUUUCUUCCACGGCGGCGGCUUCAUCCUAUUCAGCGCCGCCACACACUUCUUCCACGACGCCUGCGUAAACCUCGCAAAAGACACCAAUUCCAUCGUCGUUUCCGUCGACUACCGUCUCGCCCCCGAACACCGACUCCCCACUGCCUAUGACGACGCCGUCGAAGCGCUUCACUGGCUUAAAUCCAAGCCACACGAUUGGUUGAGAAACCACGCCGACUAUUCCAACUGUUACCUCAUGGGAAGUAGCGCCGGAGCGAACAUCGCGUACCACGCGGCUCUACGUGUGGCGGCCGAAACUAGCUCUGAUGGGAUUAAUUACCUGGAGCCACUUAAGAUCCGAGGGAUGAUAUUGAGUCAACCGUUUUUCGGGGCCACAGAGAGGGUUCCUUCUGAGAUGAGGCUUGCGGAGGAUCCGGUUUUGGCGCCGCACGUGUGUGACGUGCUGUGGGAUCUGUCGUUGCCAGUUGGGGUUGACCGCGAGCACGAGUAUUGCAAUCCUCGUGGUGGCAAUGGCGGCGUGAUUUUGGAGAGAGUGAGGGAGCUGGGGUGGCGCGUGUUGGUGAGUGGGUGCCAAGACGACCCUCUGGUCGACCAUCAGAUUGGUCUGGCCACACUGGUGGCGGAGAAGGGCGUUCCCGUUCUGACGAACUUUAGUCUAACGGGAUCCCAUGGAGCUGAAGUUCGCGAUCCUCUCCACCAAAACCGGCUCCAUCACCUCGUUAAACAUUUCAUUGCUCCUCCUCCUCCCUCCAUCCACAAUUUAUCACCUCAAAACUCUGCUUAACUAACCCCUUUCCUUUUUCUUAAGAUCUAUCCUUACGUUUUUACUCUUGCCAUAAUCUUAUUUUUCUCUAUCUUUCUUUCAUGCUAUCAUGUAUUUUUAAGUUUUAUAUGUAACCAUUCACACGGAAAUUUUACGUCAACACAUUUUUU